UCGCUCUGGUCCACAGGCCAUGGGACAGGAGGAGAGUCACACCGAGGAGAUGGACCUGGCGCAGAUUCAGGAGCUGUGCAUCAUUUUCAUGAAGGAGUGUCCGAGCGGCGCUCUGCACUUACACGAGUUCAAGAGGAUCUUUGGGGUGGCGAGCAGCUCUGCGGAGGAGUCCCUCUACAUCGAGACAAUAUUCCACUCCUUUGACACGAAUAAGGACAACACGCUGGACUUCCUCGAAUAUGUCGCUGCACUUCACUUGAUCCUACGGGGAAAUCUGGAAGACAGACUCAAGUGGUCCUUCAAGAUGUACGACAAGGACGGGAACGGCAAGCUGGACAGACAGGAGGUGAAGCGGAUCAUCAGGAUUAUUCACAAAAUCAAGCUUCAGACGAGUGAUGUCAGCAUGACGCCGUCUCAGAUCUGCGACAGAAUCUUUGAGCUGGUUGACCAGAAUCAUGACGGUCAGAUCACCUUGUCUGAGUUCAUGGAGGGAGCUCAGAAGGACGAGUGGGUCAUGAACCUGCUGAAGCUGGACAUCAACGCCACCGGCUGGGUCCUCCAGAACUGUGAGAAACUACCUUGAUGCCUCAGUGAGUGGGCUCACCACCCGCAGGUUUCUGUUCCAGGCCUUCACUGAGGGGCCAUCUUCACGGUUUGGGUUUGGCCCGUGAGCUUCCUGUGACUCGGAACUGCUGGAGCUCCGUGCACCUCGUGGCUGCGGUUCAGCUGUGAUCUUUAGCUGCUGGUCCAGAGGUGCCAGCUGUAAGCCUGCAAUCUGUUUGGCAUCAAGCUAACAUCUCUAACUCACUGUCAGAGAGUCCAGUCAGCCACUGUGUAUAUACUGCAUGUGUUUUUAGUUAAUAAAUAAUAAUAAUGAUGAUCAAUAAUCGAUAACCACCAAAGCAAUCAGUGAACUUCACAUUAUCAAUAGAAGUGAUGAAACUGGUUAUUAUGAUUAGACGAUUUAUUAUUAAAGAUGUUUUGACUUUAGGCGCGGUGAUUAGAGGUGUAACGAUCAAUCAGUCUGGAUCAAGACCUUCAUUCAGUGAUCAAUCAUCCAAUAUGAUUGAUGCCAAAUAAAAACCUUUCAGAUGCGCCUUCUGUCAGGGGAUUCAGAGUAUCUCAUAAAUGUUAUUUGUUAAACACUGAGUGGAGGAAAGUCCAUCAGCCGCUUGGCUAAUCAAUUUGUUUUUACAUUCUAUUGCUCAGAGACAAAACAUAUUAUUGAAUUGGAUGUUCUUUAAUUAAACCUUGUUGUUUCAUGUGUGUUAUUGGAGUCAAUUUAAUUCAAUCUGAAUGCAUCUGGUUACAAGUAUUUCAGUUAUUUGUAUUUAUGUGGAUUUUCUUGUUUGUUUUCAAAAGCGGAACAGAAAGUUGUUGCAGCUUCUUCUGUAACUGGCUGGAUAAAAUUAAAUUACUAUUGGUAUAAAAAUAUUAGUUUGGCUUUAAGUGAAUUUAUGUCCAGCCAAACUGUCGCCUGUAAAUAAAUCCAUUGUACAUAAAAACAUUUAAAGUGAUCAAACUGACGAGAAAGAGCUUUUAGUCAAAUGUUUUAAACGUUUCGUCAUCACACAUAUUUUAUUUUUCUCUUUGUGUGAAGAAAAUGUUUGAGAGAAAAGUAAAAUGUCAUGAUUCAGAUGUGCAUUUGUGUUGUUAUUAAA